AUGGCAAGAACUUGCAAUCUUCUGUUUGCUCUUGCAGUUUUCAUUACGCUUCAUCGCCAUACUUCUUCACUUGCUAAUAUUAGCACUGAUAAAGCUGCUCUACUUUCCUUGAAAUCUCACAUUUCUUUUGAUCCUAACAACAUCCUAGCAAGAAACUGGUCUUCUUCCAGCCCGGUUUGCAGCUGGAUUGGAAUCACUUGCAGCUCCCGCCACCACCGAGUCACUGCUUUAAACAUAUCUAGCAUGCAACUUCAUGGUACCAUUUCUCCACACCUUGGAAACCUCUCAUUUCUUGUUUCCCUCAACAUAAGUUACAAUGCUUUCUAUGGAGAUUUACCAGUAGAGUUGGCUCAUUUGCAGAGGCUGAAAUUUAUAAGUGUCACAAGUAAUAACUUCACCGGAGCAAUUCUAUCAUCUUUAAGUUUGUUAUCAAAUCUACGCUUUGUGUACCUUUCUAUGAAUCAAUUUUCAGGAGAAGUUCCUCCUUUCAUUUCCAACAUCACAAAGCUGGAAGUGUUGAGUAUGCAAAAUAAUUUUCUAAAAGGAGAGAUCCCUCGGGAACUCGGUGAUCUAUGCUACCUGACCUUUUUAGAUCUGCAAUUUAAUGAACUUAGUGGCUCUAUACCAGCAUCAAUCUUCAACAUUACAACUAUAAAAAACAUUGGUCUUACCUAUAACAAUUUCACUGGUCAGCUUCCAACAACUAUAUGCGACCAUCUUCCAAAUUUGAAAGGGCUUUACCUCUCAAGAAACUACCUCGGUGGUGUUAUUCCACCAAACUUAGAAAAAUGCAGAAAGCUUCAAAUUUUGUCAUUGACUUACAAUGAGUUUACUGGAACUGUACCAAGAGAGGUAGCCAACUUAACAGCUCUUACAAAGUUAUAUGUCAGAGGUCUUCAUUUGGAAGGAGAGAUACCAGUGGAGCUCGGUAAUCUGAAGAAACUACAAGCACUAGGAUUAUCAGAGAAUCGGUUUAGUGGUUCUGUCCCUGCAAACAUUUUCAACAUGUCAUCACUGCAGGUCCUAGAUAUUGCACAAAACAAGCUUUCAGGUACUCUACCUUCAGAUUUAGGUUGUGCAAUGCCCAACCUAGAAGAACUCGUUUGUGGAGGAAAUAAGCUUAGUGGUUUUAUCUCUCCUGCUAUCUCAAAUUCUUCAAGACUCAGAAUACUUGAGCUCUCAGGCAAUAGUUUCACAGGUCCGAUUCCGGGAUCACUUGGUAACUUAGAGUACCUUGAGGUUCUGAGCUUUUCGGGAAAUAAUUUUGUAAGCGAUUCAAAAUUGAGCUUCCUCACAUCAUUGACAAACUGUAGGAAUCUAAGAGUACUCUGGUUUGAUGGAAAUCCAUUGGAUGGUGUUUUGCCUUCAUCAGUUGGUAAUUUCUCAAACUCACUGCACACUUUUAGAGGAAGUGAUUGUAAAGUGAAGGGAGUCAUACCUCGAGAAAUUGGUAAUCUUACUGAAGUGACAAGGAUUGAUCUGUAUAACAAUGAGUUGACCGGACAUAUUCCAAAUACUGUCCAAGGAAUGUUGAGCCUUCAAGAACUUUACCUACAAAGCAACAAGUUAGAAGGAACCAUAACAGAUGUUAUGUGCAGUUUGAAGAAUCUUGGUGCGUUAGACUUGUCAAGAAAUCGGUUUUCUGGUUCAGUGCCACCAUGCUUAGGGAAUGUUGCUAGUUUGAGGACACUUUAUCUAGCUGUUAAUAGGCUGAAUUCUAGAUUACCUGCAAGCUUGGGGAGCCUUCGUGAUCUCAUAGAAUUCAAUAUUUCAUCAAAUUUAUUGAGUGGAGAAAUUCCCUUUGAGAUUGGAAACUUAAAGGCUGCAACACUCAUUGAUCUAUCAAAAAAUGAUUUUUCUGGUAAGAUUCCUAGCACUCUAGGGGGUCUAGAUAAAUUGAUUAAUCUUUCUUUGGCACAUAAUAGAUUAGAGGGGCCUAUUCCAGAUUCAUUUGGCAAAAUGUUAGCAUUAGAAUUCUUGGAUUUGUGCUAUAACUAUCUCAGUGGUGAAAUUCCAAAGUCAUUAGAAGCUCUUGUGUAUCUCAAAAACAUGAAUUUCUCAUUCAAUAAACUCAAUGGACAAAUUCCCACUGGUGGCCCUUUUGCAAACAUCACCAGCCAGUCCUUCCUAUCCAAUGAUGCACUAUGUGGUGACUCUCGGUUUAUCGUGAAACCAUGCCUAACCAAAUUUACAGAGAAGUUGAGAAGAAAAAUGGUGCUCACAAGUUUAUAUAUUUUAUUAGGGAUUGGAUCACUCCUUGCGUUGACUGUUGGAUAUGCGGUGUUAAGAUUGAGAAAGACAAAGAAAAAUGCAAGUCAAGUAGAUGUGUCUUUGGUUAAAGAGCAUGAAAGAAUUUCCUAUUAUGAACUUGAACAGGCAACUGAAGGAUUCAAUGAAAGCAACUUGCUUGGUAGUGGGGGUUUCAGCGCGGUCUACAAAGGGAUACUUAAGGAUGGUACUCUUUUGGCAGCAAAGGUAUUCAAUGUACAAUUGGAGGGUGCAUUCAAAAGUUUUGACGCGGAAUGUGAGAUACUCCGGAACCUUCGCCACAGAAAUCUGACCAAAGUCAUCACCAGCUGUUCCAACCUUGAUUUCAAAGCCUUAGUGCUGGAAUACAUGCCCAAUGGGACACUCAAUAAAUGGUUAUACUCCCACAACUUGUUCUUGAAGUUAUUGCAGAGAUUAGAUAUAAUGAUUGAUGUUGCAUCAGCAAUGGAGUAUCUCCACAAUGGCUAUUCAACACCUGUGGUUCAUUGUGACUUGAAGCCAAGCAAUGUCUUGCUAGAUCAAGAUAUGGUUGGCCAUGUCAGUGAUUUUGGCAUUGCAAAAUUGUUAGGUGCAGGGGAGGCUUCUUUUGUUCAAACAAGGACAAUUGCAACCAUUGGAUACAUUGCUCUAGAGUAUGGACAAGAUGGAAUAGUAUCCACAAGUUGUGAUGUUUAUAGUUUUGGCAUCCUGAUAAUGGAGACGUUUACAAGAAUGAGACCAAGUGAUGAAAUAUUUAAUGGAGAAAUGAGCAUACAAUGUUGGGUUAGUGAUUCCUUCCCAAGUGGAAUUCAUAAGGUGGUGGAUUCAAAUUUGGUAAUGCCGGGGGAAGAACAGAUCGACUUAAAGAUGCAAUGUUUGUUAUCUAUCAUAGAAUUAGCUUUGAGAUGAACUUU